UCUCUCUCUCUCUCUCAAACGAGAUUCUUGAUAGAAGAAGAAGAAGAAGAAGAAGAAGAAGAAGAAGGGAGAAGGGGAGAAUCAGCCAUGGCUUCACCGAGCAAACGCCGAGAGAUGGAUAUGAUGAAAUUGAUGAUGAGUGAUUACAAGGUGGAUACAAUCAACGACGAUUUGCAGAUGUUCUAUGUCACAUUCCAUGGUCCCACUGACAGUCUUUAUCAGGGAGGUGUUUGGAAGAUCAAAGUCGAACUUCCUGAAGCUUAUCCUUACAAAUCCCCAUCUGUUGGAUUUGUUAACAAGAUUUAUCACCCUAAUGUCGAUGAAUC